AUGUCGUGUCCAUUCCGCCGCGCGUCCUCACAACUUCAAUUUGCAAAUGGCGGUACUUCCGGCAAAAAAGAGUUCCGAUCUCGUCAGUCCUCAGUUCACCUUCCGGGUCCAGAAGAGGAGGAUGGGGACACUCUAACGUUAAAACAUCUCAGCGAAGCGUUGAAACUUCUAACGGCCCCUUCCAACGACUGCCUCCACGCUGCGGUGACGUCAUUAACUAAGAACCAAGCCGAGCAUUACGACAAAUACGAUUGCCUCCGAAGAUUACCAGAUGAUGUGAGAUCUUGUCGAAAUUAUGCUUAUUUACAAGAAAUAUAUGAUGCCGUACGAGCUACAGACAGUGUAAGCACUAAAGAUUUUAUGGCAAAACUAGGAGAAUACUUAAUUUUAACGGCUUUCUCACACAAUUACCGGUUGGAAAGGGCGUUUAAAUGUUUAGGAACAAAUUUGACUGAAUUUUUAACUACAUUGGAUAGCGUGCACGAUGUUUUACAUGAUCAAGAUGAUGUGCUCAGAGAUGACUCAACAGAAUAUGAAGCAGCGUUCGUGUGUACAACAUCUCAUAGGGGCAGGAUACAGUUGCAUUUGACUACUGAGAGUGAACCUGUGGCGUAUUUAUUAGUAGGCUGCCUCAGAGCGAUAGCUAUGCGGCUUUACGAAACUCAAACAGACAUAAGACUGAAGAGUUAUUCCAACGAUCCUAGAAGAUUUAGAUAUGACAUAAGUGCGGAACCAUUACAUCAGAGGUCAAAAGAAGACAACCACGAGGCGGCCAGCGACGCAGUGAGCUUGGCCACGUCGAACAAAGUUAAUGAUUUAAGGAUCGGAGUCGCGAGCUUCUGCAAAGCAUUCCCCUGGCACUUUAUCACUGACAAACGACUCGAACUAGUCCAACUUGGUACG